CUGUUAUUACCGCACGGUCCGCACUGGCACCAAGAUGAAUUUGGUAAAUUGCGGUCUACGUGUGCAUCAGUUCCUGACUCCAGGGUUGACCAGACAGAUCAUUCCUUCUUUCCGUCAUAUAUCUACAGAAGCUAGAGCUCAGACAACCGAUUCUCAGCUGAUAGUUCCUGCCCUCGACGCUUCUUUUCCUCAUAGAUGGCUGCGAGAUGCGUGCCAAUGCGCAGCCUGCGUGCAUCCAUCUACAUCUCAGAAGCUUCGCAGAACAUCGGAUAUUCCCGCUGACAUUCGUCCUGUUCCCCAUGGUGUAACUUUCCAGGACAGUGGCAUACACGUUGAGUGGGCAGAUAAUCACAAAUCAUUCUACGAGCAUUCUUUCUUGGAACGCUACUCAUCGGCUCCACGACUGUCAUCUUUUCACAAAGAUGUGCGACCGAUGUCUUGGGAUGUAUCGACUAUCUCCCAAGUACCUGACCUUUACAUGACCUACGAAGCCAUCAAGAAGCCUGCCCUCCUUCUCUCUGCCAUAACACAGCUUACCCGUUAUGGACUACUCUUCCUCACAGGUGUCCCAAACACUGAGCACACAAACGAGACAUGCGAGUUACGCAAACUUGCCAAUAUCUUCGGCGAACUACGCGAGACCUUCUACGGGGAGCUGUGGGAUGUCAAGAACAUCCGUAACAGCAAAAAUAUCGCAUAUACUAAUCUCGACUUAGGUAUGCAUAUGGAUCUCCUAUACUUCCAGCACCCUCCUCGAUAUCAAAUUCUCCACUGCCUGCGCAAUCGCGUCGUAGGUGGUACUUCGCGUUUCGUUGAUGGUCUCUUCGCUGCAGAGACGUUGCGCAAGACCCAUCCAGUGGACUUUGAUAUUCUGGCUACCACACCUGUUCCAUUCCAUUACAUCAAUGAUGGACAUCACCUUCAUCACGAACACCCCACCAUCGAACUCGCUUCACUGCCCGCAGCAUUAAAUUCUGAUACAUCUGCACCCAGCAUGCCAGAAAUAAAGCACAUAAAUUACUCCCCGCCUUUCCAAGCUCCUCUGCUGUUAGAUUCGACUCCUCCCACAUUUUAUGGCGCCCUGGGACGCUACGCCGCUCUGCUUGACGAACCUCUGAAUAUCCUAGAUUAUACUCUGCGCGAAGGCGAUGCCGUCUUGUUUGAUAAUCGACGGGUUCUACACGCACGCACUUCAUUCAUUGACGAUGGCUCCGGUGCGGACGCAUAUGGCGAGACUAAUCGGUGGUUGAAGGGUUGUUAUCUCGAAGCUGAUGCCAUUUUAGAUAGGGGGAGGGUGUUGAGGACGAAGCUUGAUAAGGGCUCUUUAUAGGAGUCAUUGGGUCGCUGUGGAAUUUAACAUGACAACAACACGACAGCCUGAUAACGGCGGUGUUGCAGAUGCAGUCCCGAACAUAUGUAAAGAUAGAGGUAAACAAAGAUUUAGACAAGCAAGAUUUAU